UGAGUUCCAUUAGGAGGGGGAUCUGUAUGUGCAAUUUUGAGGGUCGCAAGUAGCCGAGAGAGGGGAGAGCGAUGGGCAGGCAGCCGUGUUGCGACAAGCUCGGGGUGAAGAAAGGGCCGUGGACGGCGGAGGAGGACCGGAAGCUGGUCAACUUCAUACUCACCCACGGCCAAUGUUGCUGGCGGGCCGUCCCGAAGCUCGCCGGGCUCCGCCGCUGCGGCAAGAGUUGCCGCCUCCGCUGGACCAACUAUCUCCGACCCGACCUCAAGCGCGGCCUCCUCAACGAAGCCGAGGAGCGCCUGGUCAUUGAUCUCCAUGCCACUCUCGGCAAUAGGUGGUCGAAAAUAGCAGCAAGACUACCCGGAAGAACGGACAACGAGAUCAAAAACCACUGGAACACCCACAUCAAGAAGAAGCUAAUCAGGAUGGGCAUCGACCCAGUCACUCACAAGCCCCUCCAAGAACAAGCCAACGAACAGGUCUCUUCUAAACCUAAUGAGCAAGCCAAGUUCGAAGUUAGCAACCACAAGACGCCGAUCUAUCCUUGCGAUGGGAGCUCCGACAACUUUAGCUCCCCAAUAAUCGAGAGCUCCUCGACGGGCAAGUCCCCACCCUUCGACCCGAAUAUUAGCAACUUCGAUGACCCUUGGACGAAUCACAUACGGUGGGAGACGUUCCUCGAGAACCCAUCGUCGUGGAACUUCAUGUUUGAGGGAGAUCGCCAGGAAGGUUACGGCGAAUUCGGGUUGUGUCCCCCGGCGGGUGGCGACCCUUCUUGGUUGUUCAACCGCGAGAGCUCCGGAGUCGAGAGUUUUUCCCGGAGUAGCUUCGGUGACAUAGACAUGAGUGAAUUCACAAGGAGCACUAACAUCCGCUCCUAGGUGGAAGAAAGGGGCACUCUAGGCUCUCGCAUGCGUGGACCAUUCAAUAACAUUUAAUUCCAACUCUCCGCAAUAUAAGUUUGUACAAAAAAUGUCGAACCUAGCUCUCGCUAAUAACUGCAGCAUUAGGCAGCGGCAGAACUGAGAAUCCAUGCAACAUUUCUCCCCCCAUGUAACAAUAAUUUCAGGUGUUCAACAUAAUAAUGAAUCAGCGAAAAAAUAUGGAAUGUCAUCAUCUUUAUACCUCUAA